CCGAAGCCCGGGUCGAGCCGCAUGGCUGCGGGCUGCGCGGAUUCUCCGCGGCCCAGGGCGGCCCCGGCAAGGCUCGCGGCGGCUCAGGCCGGGGUCCUGCCCUGCCUGGAGCUGCCGAGCUACGCCGCGGCGUGCGCGCUGGUGAGCAGCCGCUACUCGUGCCUGGUGGCCGCCCCGCACCGCAGGCACAUCGCGCUGUCGCCGCGCUACCUGAGCCGGAAGCGCACGGGCAUCCGCGAGCAGCUGGACGCCGAGCUGCUGCGCUACUCCGAGAGCCUUUUAGGUGUCCCUAUUGCAUAUGAUAACAUCAGAGUUGUGGGUGAACUGGGAGAUAUUUAUGAUGACCAAGGACACAUUCAUCUUAACAUUGAAGCAGAUUUUGUUAUUUUCUGCCCUGAGCCAGGGCAGAAGUUAAUGGGCACAGUUAAUAAAGUCUCCUCCAGUCAUAUUGGCUGUUUAGUACACGGAUGUUUUAAUGCCUCUAUCCCUAAACCUGAGCAGAUGUCAUACGAGGAGUGGCAGACCUUGGAGAUAAAUGUAGGCGAUGAACUGGAAUUUGAUGUAUUUCGCUUAGAUUCAGAUUCUGCUGGAGUCUUCUGCAUUCGAGGAAAACUAAAUGCCACAAGUUUGCAGCUUAAGAGCUCUGUAGUUUCUGAAGACGUAGUAGAAACUGGCAUUGAAGAGGUUGCUGAAAAAAUUUCAAAGAAGAAAAAGAAGAAGAAGAAAGACACAGAAGCAGAUGCAGCAGCCAACGGUGUCACGGAGCUAGCAGAUUGUGCAGAUCUCACGCCAAGGGAAGAAACAGACCUACUGUGUGGAGAUUCUGUGAAUGACCUCUGUGAGGAAGAGCCAAGGAAGAAGAAAAAGAAGAAGAAAAGGCACCAGGAAGAGCAGGACCCUGCUCUCCAAGCCAGUGACUCUAGUGGCUAUCAGAGUGACCAUAAGAAAAAGAAGAAGAAAAGGAAGCAGAGUGUAGAGAUCGACUCUGGCACCUAAGAGGAGACCGUGACUGCCUUCUCCAGAGUUGACAGACUGACAGAAGUGCAGAUGGACAGAUUCUGUGGAAGGUCUGAAAUGCUGAGAUAUGUGGGAAGUUCACAGACACACGAUUGUAAUUGGAGAGUUUUGUACUAAAAUCACACGAGUGACUGUAAACUUUAGAUAAUAGCAGUAUUGUUAAAGUAUGAUUUACUACAUACAGUAUAAAAUGUUAACACCUGCUUCCACUCCUGUGAUAAAUUAUACGUUCUCAAUAUUUGCCAAAGAACUUUAUAAAUACUUUCAGUUUUUUUCUGAUAAUAAAUUUUGCCUUUAGUCAGAACAUGAUUUUUUUAAUUUUUAAAAGCUUAAUACAUUUACUAGUUUUAAAUUUUCUUUAAACAAUAUUUCUAUUUUCUUUUUUGUUUGUUUGUUUGUUUGGUUGGUUUUUUGAGACAGGGUUUCUCUGUGGUUUUGGAACCUGUCCUGGAACUAGCUCUUGUAGACCAGGCUGGCCUCGAACUCACAGAGAUCCGCCUGCCUCUGCUUCUCGAGUGCUGGGAUUAAAGGUGUGCGCCACCCCCACCAGCUCAGUAUUUCUCUUUUACUGAGUAUGUAUAGCUAAAGAAUAUCUAGACCUCUUACUUACCCUGUGACUGUCAGUGUUGAAUGUGUGGUGGAUGAGAAACUCGUUCUCUCCUCCCAGAAUAGGAGUGUGUGUAUGCGCGUGCACGCUUCUCUAACCCUGAGACUGUUGGGAAGGGCUGUUAACUUUUACCUCAUGUCUCUGUGGUCUUCAUUUUGUUGUGUAUGGAUCAUGAACAAGAUGAAGAUAGGAAAAAUGUGAUUCUUACUAGUUGAAAAUUUCUAGUAACUUUAUAAUGAUUAGAGUUAGGCUGCUAGAAUUGCUUUUAUUGAUGAAAAUGUGGAAUAUAUUGUGACUAUCCAGAAGAUGGUCAUGAGAGGAUAAACUGAGGCUCAUAAUCAAUCCAUGCAUUUACAGACAUUUAAUAUCUGUAAUGUUUUUAUUAAGGGGCAAGGAUAUAUAAAGUUAGUCAAAUGUAGCACGAUUACCUGAAAGUCAGAAAAGCAAAACAGCCAGCCACUGGCUCUUCUCUCUACCUCAGCUCGAAAUGGUGAUCCUGCCUUCAGGAAUCUCAGAAUGACACUGUCUGCUGUCUCUUCCUGUUUUAUAUUCCUCUCUAGGGCUGGGAUUAAAGGCGUGCACCACUACCACCAGGUUUCUAUGGCAAACUAGUGUGGCGACUUGGGUUAAAGGUGUGUGUCACCACUGCCUGAUCUCUAUCAAUGCUGCAACUUCAGGCAAGCUUUAUUUAUUAAAAUGCAAAAGCGAUGUAGCUCUUCCAUUAAGCAACAUGGGGGAAGAAUUGUGUAGCUACACAUAGAAAAAUGAAACUAAAACCUUUUCUCUCACCCUUCGUAACACUCAAAAUGGAUCAAGGCACACAACAUAAAACCCAAUACACUGCAUCUGAUAGAGUACAGGGGAAAUGCUUCAACUUGUAGGCACAGAAAAGGGCUUUCUAAACAUGUCAGAUGGAAUCUCAAAGUAGUUUUAACAUGUAUUCCCCUGAUGUUUGGGAUGUUGAACAUGAAAAGAAAAUGUCUCUUAGACAUUUGUAUCUCAUAUUUUGAGAAUUCACUAUUUAGUUCCAUGCCUCAUUUUUAAAAUUUGGGUUGUUUCUUAAUGUUUAGUUUUCUCCCCCCUUGUAUAUUCUAGUUCCUAUCCCUCUGCUGAUGUAUGCCGGUAAAGGUGGUUUCUUAUUCUUCACCUGACAGAUGGAAUUGUCUCCUACACAGAGGCUUUUUAGCUUCAUAAGGUCUUGUUUUUCAGUUGCCUGUGCUAUCACGGUCCUGGGUAAAACAGUGGGAUAGAAGGCUAAAGGGGAGUAAGGAAUGGGAAGGGGUACUGAGGUGGCAGGUGACAGCCGGAUGAGAGGGAGGACACGGAGAGGGAUAGCUAACGCUAAUGCCUUUUGGAAAAGUCAUAUGGAAAAUUACUGUAGAGACUUCUUAACAUAUAUACAUACAUAUAUUUAAUAAAUAAAACAGUUGAAAUAGCUGCCCUCAUGUAGACAUUCUUACUAUUGUCUUUCAUAAUUGCUUGCAUUUCUUUUGGGAUACCACCUUUAUUUUGUGAUUAAAUAAUCUAGUACAACUUCCACCCUCCUAAAAUUCACUUUCACAAGGGACGUUGGUAUUAUAGUUCUACCUAUGUGUAAACUACGUGGUGAAUAAUCGAGCUUCAGCUCCCUUAGAUUCAACUAAUAAAUACGUAAGUAUAUACACACAUAGAAUAUAC